ACGUCAAGAAACAAUUACAAUAUAAAGAACACAAAUCGCAUUUUUAUUCUAAUUUAAAAUUCCCGCCAAGAUCAGCCAGCUUUACCGACAGUGCCAAACACCUGACAGUCGCUUAGGUCUCCAUUCGGAUAUUUUUCGUAACCACUUUACUCUCAUUUUUUAGCUUUUACCCGAUUUUUUUCAAAACAUCAGACAGCCAGCGCAUAUCCCACAACUAUGGUACCCCUUUUUGUGACGGGGGAAUAUUCUCAGUGCAUUUUUAAAAGAUAAAAACCGAAUUAUCAUCAACUACUGCUGACGAUGGAGGCUUUGAAAUGCGAUCCUACUUAAAUACCAUCUGCCAGACUCCGAAUUUGGAUAAAUUAGCAAAAGAGAGUUUGGUAUUCAACAAUGCUUACACUUCUGUGAGCAGUUGUUCGCCCAGUCGUGCUUCCUUAUUGACUGGAUUACCAAGUCACCAAAAUGGAAUGUAUGGAUUGCACCAAGGUGUUCACCACUUCAACUCCUUUGAAGAUGUACCGAGUUUGUCUAAGAUAUUAAAGCAAAACAAUAUAAGAACAGGAAUUAUUGGGAAGAAGCAUGUUGGACCCAGUGAAGUUUAUCCCUUCGACUUUGCUCAUACAGAAGAGAAUGAAUCUGUUCUUCAAGUUGGGCGUAACAUUACCAAAAUCAAACUGCUAGUUAGAGAAUUCUUGUCCCCAAAAAAAUCUGCAUCAUUUUUUCUAUAUGUAGCUUUUCACGAUCCACAUCGAUGUGGGCACAGUAAUCCCAAUUAUGGAAACUUUUGUGAAAAAUUCGGAAAUGGGGACAUUGGUAUGGGGACGAUUCCAGAUUGGUCUCCAAUUUACUAUCAAUGGGACCAAGUGAAGGUUCCCUACUUUGUUCAAGAUACAGAAGCAGCGAGAAAAGAUAUAGCUGCUCAGUACACAACCAUAUCUCGCCUUGACCAAGGAGUGGGACUCGUUCUUAAAGAAUUGGAAGACGCUGGAUUCAAAGACAACACAUUGGUUAUCUACUCAUCUGAUAAUGGCAUUCCCUUUCCCAAUGGGCGAACUAAUCUCUACGACUCUGGUAUGGCAGAGCCAAUGAUGAUUUCAUCUCCUUAUCACAAAAAAAGAAGAAAUGAAGCAACACACAGUAUGACUUCAUUAUUAGAUAUCGUUCCCACUUUUUUAGAUUGGUUCAAAGUUUCAUACCCAAAUCAUUCAAGUAAUUCAAAUCACGUAAAUAAAUUCAGUUUGACCGGAAGAUCAUUACUCCCUCUUCUUAUAGAAGAACCUCAAGAAGAAAACACUACGGCCGUCUUUGCAAGUCAGACACACCAUGAAGUUACCAUGUAUUAUCCAAUGAGAGCCAUCAGAACCAAGCGGUAUAAGCUUAUUCACAAUUUGAAUUAUAAGAUGCCAUUUCCUAUUGAUCAAGAUUUUUAUCUGUCGCCAACAUUUCAGGAUCUAUUAAAUAGGACGCAUACAAAUCAGCCACUUCGAUGGUAUAAGUCAUUAAAGACAUACUACUACAGAGACGAAUGGGAAUUAUAUGAUCUCAGGCAUGAUCCAGAAGAAACUAAGAAUAUCGCUAAAAAAUUGUCAGUCAAGAGGAUUUUUGCUGAUUUACAAGAGAGAUUGUUGAACUGGCAAGAAGCGACAAAAGAUCCAUGGAUGUGUGCACCCGGAGGAGUACUUGAAGCAGCUGGGGACUUUAAAGAUAAUCCACAAUGCAUGCCUUUGUAUAACCUAGACCUAGAAUAUUGAAUUUUUUAAUGUUGCUCUUUCAAUCUGCCUCUUAAUGGUAAAAUUUAAGUUAUUUGUGACAUUUUUAUUCACGCAACACUUUCUGAGAAUACAUAUUUUUCUUAUCUUUGA